UUACUUUCCUUUGCCUUAACAAUAAUAAAUACCCGGCCAUCAUCUCCUCAUCCAUCAUUGCAUCUUGUCACUCCAUACUCAACCCUCUCUAAAAACACAUCACAACAACACACACCUUCGCAAAUAACAACUACAAAUCAAUCAAAAUGUCCAAGUCUCGCACUCCUCUCAUUCUUGGCGGCGCUGCUGUCUCUGGUAUCGGAUACUACCUCUACGCCGCUGGCGGCAACCCACGAGCUGCUGAGAAGAAGGCCGAGAGUGACGCCCAUAGCGUUGCUGCCGAUAUCAAGAGCCACCUCCCCGGCCGUUCCCCUAAUGCUGAGGGUGAGCUGAAGGGAGCUGGUGCUGCUGCCGGUGCCAAGAUUGACAGUGUUGCUGCCGAAGCCGACCGUCAGGCUGGUGUCAUCAAGAGCAAUGUCGAGUCUGUCGCCAAGGACGCAAAGGCCGAGGCCAUGAGAGUAGUCGACAAGUUCGACCACCGUGUCGAGGCGGAAGCCGCAAAGGCCAAGGGCGGUAUCUCGAGCUGGUUCGGUGGCGGCAAAUAAGCGAAUUCUCAACAAUCAAGAAUCAAGAAUCAAGAUGAAGCAACUGUAUUACUUAUUUUAUCAAAGUCGGAGCCUGGGGUAUCACUUUUGGGAUUGAGCGGGCGAAUGGUCAUGGCCCAGCGGCAUGAGACUGGCCGUGAGAUAGCUCUGGGUCUCUGCAUGCAAUGUAAUUCGAUAGUAUAAGAGCAAUGAAUCACGGUCAACAAGAAGAAGA